CUUCCCACAACAGACAUUCUUGUGAUUGUAGUUUACAGGCAGCGGCGCUCAGCCUUACCGUCUCAACAGGAAAAUCGACUUCAGUUUAUUUAUUUAUUUUUUGUAUAAAGAAGGUUUGCUUUUGUGCUGACCGGAUAUCGGAAUCGAGAUGUUUCACACGUGUGGACCCAAUGAAGCCAUGGUGGUGUCCGGCUGCGGCCGUUCUCCGCCCUUAAUGAUUGCUGGAGGAAGAGUGUUUGUCUUACCGUGUAUUCAGCAGAUCCAGAGGAUCACACUCAACACCCUGACUUUAAAUGUGAAGAGUGACAAAGUCUACACCCGCCACGGUGUCCCUAUCUCGGUCACCGGCAUUGCGCAGGUGAAGAUCCAGGGCCAGAACAAGGAGAUGUUGGCCGCUGCCUGUCAGAUGUUCAUGGGAAAGUCUGAGGCUGAGAUUGCCCAGAUUGCACUGGAGACACUGGAGGGUCACCAGAGAGCCAUCAUUGCCCAUCUGACUGUGGAGGAGAUCUACCAGGAUCGUAAGAAGUUCUCUGAACAGGUCUUUAAAGUAGCCUCCUCUGACCUGGUCAACAUGGGCAUUGGUGUUGUCAGCUACACACUGAAAGAUGUUCAUGACGAUCAGGACUACCUUCAAUCGCUGGGUAAAGCCAGAACAGCCCAGGUGCAGAGGGAUGCCAGGAUCGGAGAGGCUAAGUACAAACGUGAUGCUGUCAUUAAGGAGGCCCACGCGAUGCAGGAGAAGGUGUCCGCUCAGUACAAGAAUGAAAUUGAAAUGGCGAAAGCCCAGCGAGACUACGAGCUGAAAAAAGCAGCCUAUGACGUCGAGGUCAACACCAAGAAGGCUGAGUCAGAAAUGGCCUAUCAGCUUCAGGUGGCCAAGACCAAGCAACGCAUCGAAGAGGAGACGAUGCAAGUUCAGGUGGUGGAGCGUACACAGCAGAUUACUCUGCAGGAGCAGGAGAUCAUCCGUAAGGAGAAGGAGCUGGAGGCCAAGAUUAAGAAACCUGCAGAAGCUGAGAAAUACCGACUGGAGAAGUUGGCCGAGGCUCAGCGCUUGCAGCUCAUCAUGGAGGCUGAGGCUGAGGCAGAGUCCAUCAGAAUGAAGGGCGAGGCAGAGGCUUUUGCUGUGGAGGCCAAGGGCCGCGCUGAGGCUGAGCAGAUGGCCAAAAAGGCAGAAGCCUUCAAGCAGUACAAAGAUGGAGCCAUGGUGGACAUGCUGCUGGAGAAACUGCCACUGAUGGCCGAGGAGAUCAGCAAGCCACUGUCAGCAGCCCAGAAGAUCACCAUGGUGUCCAGCGGUGGCUCCGAUGUGGGAGCCGCCAAACUUGCUGGGGAAGUGCUGGACAUCAUGACCAGGCUGCCGAAUGCUGUAGAGAAACUCACUGGAGUCGACAUCUCCCAGGCUGCAGAAAAGACCACCCGGGUGCGUUAAGAAGAGAAAUCAGGAGAGGCGGCAACAAAAUUUAGACGGAGAGCUCCACAUCUCCUCGUACCUGUAACGACUGCAUCGACUCAUGAACACUGUAGUCCUGUCUCAUUGUCUGUGUGAAUGCAUGUGUUUCACUCGUGUUCUUCCCCCAUCUAAAAAUGAGGUUUUUCUUCCCCUGUUGUGUGGUUUUCUUUUCAUGUCCCUGAACUGCGCUGCUGUUCUUUAUGCUGCAAGUCGCACUGCAAACAACCUCACAUGAUGCAGUGACUGCAGAACUUCUGUCCUUAGUUGACAAAAGCCUUAGCUUAGUCAAGCUAAGGCUUAGUCCCAUCCUUCCUGUAUAUACCUGACCUUCAGUGUGCAACUUUUAUGGUCAACCAAUUAUUGCUGUGGUUUUUUAAUAUGAAAAUUUAGGCAAAGCUUAUAGCUUUAGUCUAUUUUUUUCUGUGCCUUUCAAGUAAUCAAAUAAUGCAAAACACACACUAGUUCAGGGAGCCCAACUGAGUCUGCUGCUACACUCCUCUCACUGCUACACACCCCUUCAUUAAAUCUGGUCAUUCACCUGGAGGCUGUGAGCAUGAGGACUCAGAUCGAUGUUUUCUUGUAAGAAGUGACGACGAAGUCAGAGCCUAUAAACCAAACAUUAAUGUGAUACAUAUUCUACAUUUAGUCCACGAGUUGACUGACUGACUGACAUCUUGCACAUAGUCUUUGUGUGUUGACAUGUUGUUACUGUUUAUUUUCUUUGUCUAAUGGUCUAUUGUAAAACGACAUAAAUGAGUUACUUUGUAGUAUUGAAGUACAUUGUUGGCAACAACAUCAGCUGGAACUGCAAGUGGAAGGAUUUUCUUUGCAUCUCGAAAGGAAGGGGGAGGAAGUCGGUGGUUGAAACAAGUUAUGGUUUGGUUGGGUUUCCUGUUAAAGUCAAUGAAAGUAUGUUAGGACAAAAACAAUGUUGAACUUUUCUUUUUCCACUGUCACUGCCUUUUAUACACUGUAUCAUUAGUAAAGAAGGCCCGUCACUAAAUGAUUAGUUCAGCCUACUGCUUUGAUAUACUUGCUGACUUGAGUUUAGUCACUGUUUUUUUUGUUUUUGUUUUUUUUAAAUCGUAGGUAGUGUGAUUAUAUUUUAGAUUUUGGCUGUAUUAGUACUUGUUUAUAAUAGCCAAGUACCUCUGGUCAGGAGGUGAGGAGUUUUUUUUUCCUAAUCGCCAUCCAAAGUAAUUCAGCUGCCAGGCCUUAUGCAUUUUGCUACCACCAAGUGCCUCCUUAAACUGCUCAGUCAUCAGUUAAGACUAGUCAGACUUCUGUCAGGGAACAUUUCCUCAAAUCCAACUGAUUUUAAGCCAUUGGUCAUCAGUUUUGAUGGCUGUAGAUGAAAGCCAGAUUAAGCCUGUCUCCUUUUGUGUGUUCUAGUGACUAAUACUUUCAUCAUCAUCUUUUUUAAUGUUGCAUGUUGGCUCUUUUUUGAUAUAAAAUUUGUUCAUAAAUAGUGUAAACGUUGGCUGCUUGUAUCAAAUAUUAAACAUCUAUGGUAGACAUAUAAUAAAAAAAAUA